CCCACCAAGGGUUUAAGCCUUGUCCUUGGUGCUCAGGGACUCCCCAAUUCCCCCUUUGGAGAGGAGGCAGCUCCAGCCCCACACAGCUUAACCUCAGCCUCCCUGACCGAUCCCUGCUCCAGGCUCUGCUCCAAGGAUCCAAACUUAGCCUCAGCUCCAUCUGAGAUGCUGAGUCAGUAUGUUCGCCAAUUUGGUCGGAAGCUGGUGCGCAGGCGGCUGCUGAAGCCCAGGAAGGAGUCUGAGAUUCCCACACCUCCUCUGAACAUCCUCGACCUGGUGGCUCUGGGUCUGGGCAGUACCCUGGGUGUCGGCGUGUACAUCCUGGCUGGUGCAGUGGCCAGGAGCAUAGCUGGACCAGCAAUCAUCAUCUCCUUCUUGGUGACCGCCCUGUCUUCUGUGUUGUCUGGGCUCUGCUAUGCAGAGCUUGGAACCCGGGUACAACGCUCUGGUUCCAUGUAUUUCUACAGCUAUAUGACAAUGGGACAACUGUGUGCCUUCAUCACUGGCUGGAACUUCAUACUCUCUUCUCUCAUCCGUAUUGCCAGUGGGGCAAGGGCCUGGAGCUUCAUCUUUGACAGUCUGAUCGGGAAUCACAUCUCUCAGGUGCUGCGAGAAAAUUUCCCUCUGCAUUUGCCCUACUUUCUGCCCACAUACCUAGACUUUGUUGCCCUGAGCCUCGUGCUGCUGCUUACGGGAAUGCUGGCUCUGGGAGCUCGGGAGUCAGCCCUGGUUGACAAAGUCUCCACAGGCAUCAACCUCUUGGUGCUCAGCUUCAUCAUCCUCUCUGGCUUCAUUAAGGGAGACCUGCACAACUGGCAGCUCACAGAACAGGACUACAUACUGGCCGCAUCUGGAUCCAAUGACACCUCUAGGCUGGGCCUUCUGGGUUCUGGAGGGUUUGUGCCCUUUGGCUUUGAUGGGAUUCUCGGAGGAGCAGCUAUUUGCUACUAUGCAUUUUCUGGCUUUGAGGUCAUUGCCACAAAAGGGGAAGAAGCCAGAAAUCCUCAGCGUUCCAUCCCCUUGGGCAUCAUGAUCACAAUCUCCAUCUGCUUUUUGGCAUAUUCCAGUGUUUUGGCGGCGCUCACCCUCAUGGUGCCCUAUUACCAGAUUCAGCCUGACAACCCCUUCCCCCAGGCUUUUCUCCACGUCGGUUGGGCCCCUGCUAGAUAUGUCAUGGCUUUUCUCAUCCUCUGUGCUCUGACAUCCAGAUACCAGAGUGUCAUGUUCCCCACAUCCCAGCAGAUUUGUGAAAUGGCACGUGAUGGGCUCCUCUUUCGGGUAUUGAUCCAGGUCCAUGCCUUUACAGGCACUCCCCUCCUGGCCAUCAUGACUGCAGGAAUACUCGCAGGGGUCAUGGCAUUGAUCUUCACGAUCGAUCUUGUGGACCUAUUAUCAAUCGGGAUCCUGCUCGCUUUCUCCCUGGUGUCUUUUUCUGUCCUUGUCCUCAGAUACCAGCCAGACCAGAAUUUAAUCAAGAAUGAGAAAACUGAGGAUGGACUUGAGAUGUGUGCACAGGAUGAAAUUUCUCUGACAUCUGAACAUGAAUCAGGAACCUCAAACCCUCUAAAGAGUCUGUGUAACCCUAUCAGCCCCACCCCCACUCGGAAAUCUGGCCAGAUUGUCUAUGGAUGUGCCUUUCUGCUGGUUCUCCUGCUGACCAUCCUGAGCCUGCUUCUGGCCCUGUGGCCCAGCCAAGUGUUCUCUGGAGACCCCGGGUUCACAGCAGGGGCUGUGCUGCUGCUGCUGCUCAUUGCUGGGAUCACCGCCAUCAUUUGGAGGCAGCCCCAGAACCCCUCUCCUCUUCCCUUCAGGGUCCCUGCUCUGCCCGUCCUCCCAGUGCUGAGCAUCUUUGUGAAUGUCUACCUGAUGAUGCAGAUGUCCUCUGUGAUUUGGGCCCAGUUUGGCAUCUGGAAUGCCCUUGGACUGGCCAUAUACUUUGGAUAUGGGAUCCGACACAGCCCGGAGGAGAAGAGGGAUCCACAGCCACCAGCCUCCACCUCCCAGAGUCUGCGUGAACACACCCCUGGUGCUGAAUCCUCUUAACCACAGGAAAUAGAUGCUGUGUGUUUCCCUCCAAACACGGGAGGUGUCUUGUGGUUCAAGGGACACUGGGAGUCUCUGAGGGGUGUGAAGGCGGGAUGCAUCUACAGCCCUGUAAUUAUUCCAGAGGACAAAAUGACUUUCUGUUGUACAAUUUUAGGUAAACUUUUAAAAGCAUAAGAUACAUACACAUAAGUAUGCUUCAUAACUGUGCAACACCAAGAUGCAUUUUCUCAGAGAAUGUAUCACAAUAUACCCAGAAACCAGAGGGAGAAAUAAAACUACUAAGCUGCACACAAGAAAUAGAUACUCAUAGGGUUCUCCUGUGGCACAGUGGG